GCUCCCUGCCCACCCCUUGUCAACCUUCAUCCCGAGCAUGGCCUCUGAUCUCACUGUGAUCGGUGGAUUUGCAGCUGCCACUGUUGUUGCGUCUCUUUUCAUCAAGUAUCGCAACUGGAGAGCUCUUCCAGUUCCACCAGGCCCCAAGCCAUGGCCGUUCGUAGGAAACAUCACCGACCUCCGGCCCCUAGAGCUAUGGGUGGCAGCGAGGGAGUGGAGUCAACAGUAUGGUGAAAUCGUAUACACUCAUCUGUUCGGAAAGGGCAUCAUUUUCCUGAAUAACCUCGACGUCGUCAAUGACCUGCUCGAUAAGCGUGCAGCCAUCUACUCUGAUAAGCCACGCCUGGUAAUGGUGAACGAACUGUGCGGCGUUGGAAAUAUGGUUGUCUUCACAAACUAUGGUGACAAAGCGAGGCGUCAACGCCGUCUUAUGUCGCACACCCUGAGUGCCUUCCACGUCCCAAGGCAACAUCAGAUACUCGAAAGCGAGGCACGCAACAUGAUCGGCAGGUUCCUCGAGGGCGGUGAUGCAUUCGCGCACUUGAGACGAUACGCUGUCGCUAUUAUUGUUCGUAUUGUGUACGGGGUGGACAUACGCGAUGACGACGGGAGCAUGAAGUUCCUCGAGCUUGAGGAAGAUACCACGGAACUGUUGGCGAAUGAGAUCACCUCUCGUGGGGGCGUGUGGGCUGUAGAUAUGAUACCCUGGUUGAAACACAUUCCUUCGUGGUUUCCUGGUGCCGGCUUCAAGCGCAAGGCCAACGUGUGGAAGAAACAGUUUGACGAGCUCCGUGAGCUUCCCUGGGCCACUAUGAAGGCCAACAUGGCAGCGGGCAAAGCGCCUUCGUCGUUCUGCUCGGAGCUGCUGACUCAAUCUGGAAAAGCGCUCAGCCAGCAAGACGAGACUGACAUCAAGGACACGGCCAAUUCUAUGUACAGCGCAAGCAUGGACACAACUGUCGUCAUCAUAUCUCACUUCCUCAUUCAGAUGAUGAAGCAUCCCGAGAUCCAGGAGAAGGCACAUGCUGAGCUGGACCGCGUCCUUGGUGGUCGCCUCCCAACAUUUGCGGACCGGGACAACUUGCCUUACAUUACAGCGGUCUUUGAGGAGAGUCUUCGAUGGGCAUGCCCCGUACCACUUUCCCUUCCUCACUGCCUGCUCGAAGAUGAUGAAUAUAAGGGCAUGCACUUGCCCAAGGGCUCAAUCGUCUUUGCAAACAUUUGGAAGAUCGUGCGAGACGACAACAUCUAUCCUAACCCCGAGACGUUUGAUCCUGAGCGGUUUGUUGAAAAAGGCGAUGGGUCUUACAACACGAAACAGGCUGACCCUCGGCAAUUCGUCUUUGGAUUUGGUCGCAGACGAUGCCCGGGCGUGCAUCUUGGUACAACUUCUGUCUGGUUCUUAAUCGCGUCAUUGCUAGCUACACUCGACAUCCGAAUGCCGCUUGACUCUGACGGCAAGCCCAUCGAACCAAAUGUGACGUUCGAAAACUCUAUCUUCCGCACGCCGAGUGACUUCAAGGUGGACAUGAAACCUCGCUCAGGCGCAAAAGCGGCAUUCCAGUCUUCGGCACCACUCACAUCUCCUUAAUCCACCUGAUCAUCAUUGCUUUGUAAUUUAAUAUACUGUGUACUUGCUCUUGCAUCGCCUAGUUGUUGCCACAUUAUGAUAUGUAUGUGUUCCUUGCUGACUAGAAUAUUCCUAUGCAUCUCCGCCGGAGAACCAAGACUAAACAGAGACCGGAACAUUGCCCACAGCGGAUAAAAGUUAGGGCCACCCACCCCGAUGGGAAACGGAUGCCAUGACGCUGAUGUUCUACCCUUUAGAACCCAGCACGAAACCCAAGGCGUCCUUGAGAUCUUCUGGUCUGCCUAUUGCGUUCGCCUCUUCCACUAGUGUAGAUGCCAUGACGCCUCCUUCUGUUUCUUUAUCGCUCCCCUCUGCAUCCAUACUUCUUGCUCGCUCAAUCAAUUGCGAUAUGGCCCAAGACAUGUAUCCAGCCUUGCCCGUCUCCCACUGCCUCUUGGCCGGAUCUGAUGGU